ACGGACCUAAGCAGAACUCUUCUACCCAAACAAAGACCCGAUAUUUCAAAAUUCUCCCACGCUCCAGCGCUACUUUUCCUCCUUUCAUUUCGCGAAGCUCUCAAGUCUUGGCCCUCAACCAGCGUUAAAACCCUAAACCUCUCCCAAAUCAAGCUCGUUCAACUCCAGUAAUAUGUUCUCUCCAGCAGCGAAGAGGUCGAGCUUCAGUGCUCGCAAGGAAGGACAAUCCACACCAUCAGCAGCAGCAGCAGCAGCAGCUACUGGUUCCCCAUUCACUCCCGCGACUGAUAAUCGCAAGUCGGUCUUCUUCGGCAAUAAUGCAGUCCCCGAACGUCCGGCCACCGGGACUCCCGCUCCCUGGGCUCCUCCUCGCCUCUCCGUUCUCGCCAGGAUUCCGCCGACUGGAAAAGUUGAGAAAGGGACUCAAGCGGAUCCAAUUAAACCUGUGUAUGUUGGAGAAUUUCCCCAGGUGGUUCGUGAUGAACAGGCGAGACUGCAGAAGCAUAUUACUGGCGAUGUACUAGUGUCUGGUGGCAUGGACAAGGAAGCGUGUCUGUCAUGGAUGAUUUGUGGGAGCAACGUUUAUGUCUGGAGUUAUUUGUCAUCUGCAGCUUCAAAGAACUGCACUGUUCUAGAACUGCCUUCAGACAUUUUGCAGUGUGCAGAUAUUGGUAAAAGUCCCUAUCAUGGUAGCAGUUGGUUGCUGUCUGUUGUUGAAUGGCAUAGAACUAACCAAAGAGGCAAUAAAGUUCAACAGAAUCCCGGUUCUGUUGGUAUCAUAAUGUGCAACCAAAAAACUAGAGCUGUUAUUUACUGGCCAGAGAUUUAUGGAGAAGAACGAUCUGCUCCCGUUAGCACUGUUAUAUCCUUAGAUGAACCCGAGGUCUCUUCUUCCCAAUUGAUGCAAGAACACCACCUAGUAAACAGAGACAGCGUAGUAGGUCUGCAAGUAGUUCGACUAGAUUGCAUUCCUUGAACUCUUUGAUUGCUUCUGCUGUACCUGCUUCCAAGCAUGUGUGUGUAGCCUUUGCUUGUUGUUCCAACGGUGAGCUCUGGCAAUUUACAUGUAGCCCUGAUGGUAUUGAGCAUAGAAAAGUGUAUCAGAAUUCAUCGACUUUGUCCUCCCAAGCCAGUGACAGUGGCCAAUUUGUUGGGAGUAAGGGCUACCCAAGGUCACUUGUAUGGCGCUUCUCUGCUUCAUCCAUGGAGGAUUCUAAUAGAGAGUUUUUCAUGUUGACUGAUCAUGAGAUACAGUGCUUUAGUGUUUCAUUUAAUCCUGAGAUAAAUGCUACAAAGAUCUGGGCGCAUGAAAUUGUCAGCACCGAUGGUGACUUGGGUAUUAAGAAGGAUUUAGCCGGUCAGAAACGAAUAUGGCCUCUGGAUGCACAGGUGGAUGAACGUGGUAAAGUGAUUACUGUACUUGUUGCCAUAUUCUGCAUGGAUCGGGUUACCAGUUCUAGCUAUACACAAUAUUCUCUUUUGACCAUGCAAUACAAGUCUCAAGUAAGCAGAUCUUCUGAUUUACACGAGAGAGUGUUGGAGAAGAAGGCUCCAAUUCAGGAAAUAAUUCCUAAAGCAAGACUGGAGGAGGAAGAUUUCUUGUUUUCCAUGAGACUUAGGGUAGGAGGGAAGCCAGCAGGCUCAGCAAUCAUACUUUCUGGUGAUGGAACUGCCACGGUAUCUCACUAUUAUAGGAGCAAAACCCGUCUGUAUCAAUUUGAUCUUCCUUAUGAUGCAGGAAAAGUUCUAGAUGCAUCGGUUCUGCCACCAGCUGAUGAUGGUGAAGAUGGUGCAUGGGUUGUAUUAACAGAGAAAGCAGGAAUAUGGGCAAUACCAGAAAAAGCUGUUGUACUCGGAGGAGUAGAACCUCCUGAGAGAAGCUUGUCACGCAAAGGUAGCUCAAAUGAAAGAUCUUCACAAGAAGAAAGACGGAAUGUUACAUUUGCAGGCGCCUUUGCUCCUAGAAGGGUUAAUUCUGAAGCAUGGGAUCUUGGUGAUAGGCAAAGGGCAGCUAUGACUGGGAUUGGACGUUCUACGGCGCAAGACGAAGAAUCAGAAGCUUUGCUUGGUCAGCUUUUCCAUGAUUUCUUGCUAACUGGGCUGGUAGAUAGUUCAUUUGAAAAGCUUCGCAACUCUGGUGCAUUUGAAAGGGAUGGGGAGACGAAUGUUUUUGCCCGAACAAGCAAGUCGAUCGUUGAUACCUUAGCCAAACAUUGGACAACUACCAGGGGUGCUGAAAUUGUCUCUAUGUCUAUCGUCUCCAGCCAACUCAUGGAUAAGCAGCAAAAACAUGAAAAAUUUCUCCAGUUCCUUGCCUUAUCAAAAUGCCAUGAAGAACUUUUGACCAAACAAAGACAAUCUUUACUAACAAUAUUGGAACAUGGUGAGAAACUUGAUGGAAUGAUACACCUGAGGGAAGUACAGAACACAAUCAGCCAGAGCCGUGCACCUGCAUCUGGUGGGCUGUCGGGUUCAGAAUCUCAAGUUUCAGGUGCUCUUUGGGAUCUAAUUCAGCUAGUUGGCGAGAGAGCCCGUCGGAAUACUGUUCUUCUCAUGGACAGGGACAAUGCUGAAGUCUUUUUCAGCAAGGUUUCCGAUCUCGAAGAGUUAUUUUAUUGCUUGGACCUACACCUGGAUUACAUUUUAAAUGAUGACCAGCCACUUGAAUUUCAGAUUCAAAGAGCUUCCGAACUUUCAAAUGCCAUUGCCUCCAUCUUUCGGGCCACUGCUUUUUAUAGGGAUGAGCACCAUAUGUGGUAUCCCCCUCCCGAAGGCUUAACUCCCUGGAAUUGUCAACCUGUUGUCCGGAAUGGGAUGUGGAGAGUGGCGUCAUUCAUGGUUCAGUUGUUAAAUGAGACAUCAAGGCUUGGGGAGUCUGCCAUAUUAGAUUUCCAUAGUCAUUUAGAGGUCCUAGCUGAAGUUCUACUUGAGGCAUAUGCUGGUGCAAUUGAAUCUAAGCUUGGGCGUGCCGAGGAAUACAAGGGGCUAUUAGAUGAGUAUUGGAAAAGGAGAGAUUUCCUUCUUGAAUCUCUUUAUCACCAAGUCAAAUACCUUGUGGAAGGGAAACGCCAAUUUCUUGCUAUAGAAACUGGUGAGCAGCAUGAAGAAAUCCUUAGGAAGCUUUCCGCAGGCUUGUUAGCAAUUUCUAAAAGGCACGAGGGUUAUAGUAUCAUGUGGGGUAUCUGCUGUGAUUUUAACGAUUCAGAGCUGCUAAAAAAACUUAUGCAUGAGAGCAUGGGGCCCAAAGGAGGAUUCAGUUACUUUGUGUUCAAACAACUAUACGAGAAGAGGCAGUUCGCCAAGCUUCUCAGGCUUGGUGAAGAAUUCCAGCAAGAGCUUGCUAUCUUCUUGAAGGAUCACCAGGAUCUUCUAUGGCUUCAUGAGUUGUUCCUUCAUCAAUUUUCCUCCGCUUCGGAAAGUCUUCAUACGUUGGCUCUCUUGGAAGAUGAGUGUUCCAUAUCAGAAGCUGAAAAUGGCAUACAUGCUGAACUUCCCACCGUUGCUGUAACUCUUGCAGAUCGAAAGCGUCUUUUGAAUCUGUCAAAGAUUGCUGCCAUGGCAGACAAAAGUGUUGAUCAUCAGUCAAAGGUGAAGCGUAUUGAAGCAGAUUCGAAGAUGUUGAAGUUGCAGGAAGAGAUAGUGGGAACCCUAACAGCAGAAGCAGAGCUGACCGGUGGAGAGGACCGGUUAUUCCGACCAGAGGAGCUCAUCGAG